AUGGAGAACGAAAAUGAAAAUGAUCCGAUUGUCACACUCGGCGAAGUUAUGGAAGAUAUGAAGCGGCACAAUGAAACUGCCGAAAUUCUAUUUGGCGCGCAAGACGAAACAGUUUGCACCUACCCCGAGGGCUAUAAACCUCGCCAAACGCUAUUCUCCUGUCUCACAUGUACACCGCCACCCAAAACUGCCGGAAUCUGCUAUGGUUGCUCGUUGAACUGCCAUGCUGAUCAUGAUUUGGUGGAAUUGUAUACAAAAAGAAGUUUUAAGUGGGGUUUUCUAUCAAUUUUUCUGUUAAAAUCAUAUAUUUUGUUGCAGAUGUGAUUGCGGAAAUUCAAAAUUUCCCAACAAAUGCACUCUCUACGAGGAGAAAUCCGCUGAAAACGAAUUCAACGUCUACAAUCAUAAUUACUCGGGAAAAUUCUGCAUUUGUGACGAUACUUAUCCCAGCGAGAAAAAUUGCGAGGAAGACAUGUUACAAUGCGAAUUUUGCGAAGAUUGGUUUCAUCCAACUCAUGUUGAUGCUCCAGAAAACGUGGCGGCCACAGAAUCUUCAUCAUCUUCUUCAGAAUGUCCAGUCAGCUUCAUUUGCCCGGGUUGCUAUUCGAAAAAUCAUCAAUUUCUGAAAGUAUUUGAUGGUUCUAAUUCUGAUACGAGAAUUUGUUUUAAAAAUUCACAGAAAUCUGAAGAGGCGUUCCCGAAAAAAGCGAUUUUUGUUCAGAAAUUGCGCCAAAGAUUGUGUAAAUGUGAGGAUUGUAAGGUAAUUCGCGAAAAAAAACGUUUACGAACUGUAUUUUAAUUCAUUUUGAAUAAAGAGGGGCUAAAACGCAUUUUAGUGUACAGAAAUGCUAUUUCAAGACCUUCUAAUCAGCCUAAAAGACAAAUCAAGCCACAGGCAAAUGCAAACUGGCCGGAUACUUGCCAAAAAUUGAAAAACGGUUUGAAGCUUGUACGUUUUGGAAACUGGUCAGAAACCGGCCGAUUUCCGAGUGGUUUUUGUGGAAUUGAAAAAAUGUGACAGAGGAAACUAGUCCCUCGUAAAUAUUUCGAAAAUUAACGAAUGUCGGUGUGUGCGCGCGGUCGCGAUGCGGUCGAAAUAAAAUCAAUAUUUAUCGCCAAUUUUUUUUCUUCGAAAAUGUUGUUUUUUUCGACCACAUCGCGACCGCGCGCACACACCGACAUUCAUUAAUUUUCGAAAUAUUUACAAGGGACUAGUUUCCUCUGCCACAUUUUUUUUAAUUCCACAAUAACCACUCGAAAAUCGGCCGGUUUCUGACCAGUUUCCAAAACGUACAAGUUUCGGACCGUUUUUCAAUUUUUGACAAGUAUCCGGCCAGUUUGCAUUUGCCUGUGAAUUUGAUUUUGAAGGCUUGAUUUUUCUUUUUAGGCUGAUUAGAAAGUCUUUAAAUAGCAUUUCUGGACACUAAAAUGCGUUUUAGCUUCACUUUAUUCAAUGUGUUGAGAAAAUGGUGAAAAAUUGAAUAAAAAUACCGUUCGUGAAUCACUUUUUUUGGUUUUUUAAUGUUAAAAAAACGUUUUUGAUAAAAAUCAAUAUUUUUCAAUGCAGUGUAAAUGCGGAGUAUCGUUUAAAUAUGAAAACUCGCGCUGCAAAAUUCAACAAUUCUCAAUGGAGCGCGAAUUUCAAAUUUUUUCAAUAAAUGUUCAAUUGCGCCCCAUUGAGAAUUGUCUAAUCUUUGGCGGGAAUUUCGAAAAUUCAAAUAUUUCAGAAAAUCUUGGAAAAUCAUCAAUGCGAAUAUUUAUUGGACGAAGACGAUGAUUUGACAAAAUUCGAGCAAGAAGGCAAAGCAAAAGCGGAAGAAAAUCGGCGAACCGAAAAUGAAGAAAUGCGCGAACUGGUUCAGGAAGUUGGAAUGGAUGGGGCUAUCAAUAUUUUGGGCGGUAGGUCAAAAAAUCAAUAGGGCUGAUUCACGAACGAAAAAAAUGUUAAAAAAUGUUUUUUUUAACGCGAAAAGUCAAAAAAUGUCGAAAAAUUUGAAUUUGAAUUUUGAAUUUUUAUUUAGAAUGUUAUAAAUUCACCGGCACAUAAAAAUAGUGAGAUCAAAGGGAGAGAGAAAAAGGGGUAAUUCACAUGAAAUCGAAAAAUAAAUAGGGUGAAUAAAAUAACUUCCCAAAUUUUUAAAAGACCUAAAUCCCGCAAGAGACCUGGUCAGUUGGAGGUUUUGACAAAGAGAUAAGAAAGAGUGUGCGAGAAUCUGGCCGUAAGGGUUCAUGAUAAGAGCGAUGCGUUCAAACCAUUAAUCAAUAUUCUGAACGAUUGCACUGAAGAAUUCAUUUCAAUGAGGUGCGAUAAAGAGUUCCACUUGGGAACUGUAUGUGAGAAAAAAGAAUUGUGGCAUUUUUGAGUUAAAACUAGGCGGGCUGGGUGACGUGGAAGUGUUGAGAAGCUGAUGAAGUCAAAUGUUUCUGGCUGGUGAGAAAAUCCAUUAAGGGCUUUGAAAAGAUGAAUAAUAUUGGCUCUGGAUCUACGAGUAUGGGUUGACACCAUGUUGAUCUGUUUGAGGCGAUCCUCAUAAGAUUCAAAUGGCAUAUUACAACGAUUGAAGACUUUACGAGUGAAUUGACGUAAUGGAUUUUCUAGGUUAUUUGAUAGAUUUUUAGUUAGGAAGGGGUCGUAAACUUCGCUACAAUAUUCUAGAAUGGGGAGGACAUACAUUUUGAAGAGAAAUGCGUAGGGUUUUAUUGUGCUAAAAUGGAAGUUACGGAGAAUUUGAUUUGAUCUAAGAUUGGCGAUAUUAACAAUACUGGUAGUAUUUUUCUCAAACGUUAGGUUAUUGUCAAUUAUUACCCCGAGAUCCCGAACAUGUUCUUUGUGCGGUAUUAUGAUGUUGUUAGCCACGUAAUUUGCUCUCUUAUUUUUCCUACCGAAGUACAUGACAGAAGAUUUUUCCGGUGCUAAUUCCAUGGAAUUAUCCUUAGCCCAUGCACAUAUCUUAUCAAUUACACUUUGAACUCGCAAGGGAUCUGAACCUAUUAUUUUGAGAUCAUCGGCAAAAGCUUGGAUAGUUACAUCAUCAUCUGCGAGUUCAAAUACAGUAUUGAUAAAUAUGAUGAAAAGUAUUGGCCCAGAGACACUACCCUGAAUAACCCCGGAUGGUACUGAGGCGGAUUCACUGGACAUACAAUUACCAACCUUGACAAAGAACUUUCUGCCUUCAAGAAAAUUUUCGUACCAUCUACAUAAAUAUUCAUCUAAACCAAAUUCUCUCAAUUUCUCAAUAAUCAAAUUGUGAUCGACACGGUCAAAAGCUUUUGCAAAAUCAAAAUACACAAUAUCAGUAUUCUUCUUUUUAUGAAAAUUUUGUCGAAUUUUGGUGAUCAUUGAAAUUAGAGAGGAUUUGCAACUACGCUUGUUGAGAAACCCAUAUUGGUGCUGUGAUAAUUUAUGACUAUGUUUGUAUUUAAUAUAAUCAACCACAAUUCUUUCCAUUACUCUACAAAUUGGUGGGGUAAGUGAAAUUGGUCUAUAAUUUUUGGGAUCAGAAGCCCUUCCCUUUUUGAAUAUGGGUAGAACCACUGAUGUUUUCCAUGCUAGGGGAACAUAGCUAGUAUUGUAGGAGAUGGAAAAAAGGAUGGAAAGGGGAACUGAAAGAGAAUAGGCCAAUUUACUCAAAACAAAAUAAUUAAGGUGAUCGUUACUGAAUCCACAUUUUUUGGGACACUUGGAUAAAUAGUUGUGGACUACAUAGGGUUCAAACAUAAUAGAUGGACAUUUGGGCUUACAAUUACUAACAUGAGAUGGUUUUUUGCUAGGUGAGCUAGAACUGUAGUUUUCUGCAAAUUUGUUCAAAAAUACUGUAGUUUUAUCCGCAUUUUCAAUAAUAGGGGCCCCAUUUACAACAAGGGUUGGAAUUUCUGAUGUUUUUGUUUUCAUAAUGCUAGUCAUGAAGCGAACGGUUUUUUUAUAGCUGUUGUUUUUAAUAAUAUUAUCUUCUGUUCUACGGAUAUGUUUCUUGUAAUUAGCACGUAUUUUUUUCUGGAUUUUUAGAAGCUUAUCUAGAAUUACCUUGUUAGAGUGGUCAGACAUAACAAUUUUGGCUUUCUUACGAUUAAGUCUUCUUAUUUUACUAGUUAUUUUCAUUUUUUUAGUAUUACGUUGGGGCGCGACAGGACAAUUAUCCCGAAUAAUUUCGUUAACGAUACGAGUAAAAUGCUGUAACUUGGUGUCGAGAGUUAGGAAGAAGGAAAACUGAUGAUCCCAAUUAUACUGUAAAAUUAGUCGGUUGAUAGUCUCAAAAUCAGCUUUAGAAUAGUUUAAACGGGAUGAAGUGGUGGUACAAUUUAUUAUAUCGGGUUUAGGGCAGGAGAUACAGAUUUGAAAUCUUACCGAAUUAUGGUCAGACAAUAAAAGGGGUAGGUCAACUAAAACAUCAGCUACUAACUCACUACUCGAGAUAACCAAGUCCAGAAUUGAGGGGUUUCCAAGUUUGGGAAUUCUAGUGAAAUCAAGGACAUGCUGGGAUAAAUCAUGGGUCGCCAAAAAUUCAACUAUCGGGUCAUUACUUGAGAGCUGGUCAUUCCAUGAGAUUUUAGGAAGGUUAAAAUCACCCAGAAUAACAUUAUUUGGGGAGGAUAAUAGGUACCUAGACAAAUGAGCAGUAAGUUUUUCAGUAUGGUUAGACGUAAGAUGAGGGGGGCGGUACACUACAAAAAUACGGGUUUUCUGGUUAUUUGACUCAAUUAGGUCAACACAAAGUACUUCGGAAAGAUGAAGUGGGUAAAAAUCAGCCAUAUUAAUGUCGACUUCAACAGAUUUAAAGCUUUUUUUUUAAGAUUAGAGCCACGCCACCGCCGCGUAAUUUUGAAAUUUGAGGAUUUCUGUCAAAUCUAAAAACAUUAUACAAUUCAUUACUAAUAAAUUUGGAAUUGAUAGUUUCUGAAAAAAAAGUUUCAGUCAAAGCAAGCAAAUCUAUAUCGCUAGUUUCAAGGUAAUCAUUCAACAUCAUGAUUUUGGGUUUACUAGCCACGCCUCUAACAUUAGCCAAACAAGCAGAAACUCUAGCACGAAAUAUUUUUUUUUUGUCAAAACCCAUCAACCCACCUUUGGUCUCUGCAUAGGAAACAGGAGAGCUGAGAUACUGGGAAGUUAUUGGUGGGAGGGAACAAAAUUAAACGGGCGAGGAUCAUCAUUUUUACGAAUUUCGAUAUCAUAAAUAUAAUAGACAAGUUUUCCAGCUUUCACAUUUUCAUCAUACGCCAUUUUCCUGUUUUUCUUGAGAGUUUCGAGUUCAAUUUUAGUCAAAUCUCUUCUCGCUCUUGGUUUGACUUUGAGAGCUUUAACACUCUCCAUCUCCUUUAUGGUUUUAUUGUACUUUUUCAAGAAAGUAUCACGAAGGGAUUGGGAUCCAAAGUCAAUCUUCAAUGGGCGAAUAAUUGCUUCACAGUCGUGUCUAUACACUUUCAACGGUGGAUCCAAGUUCAUCUCUUUACAUAAUUCAUUUACAAAUGAUGCAUCCUCUUGCUGCUCAGUUCCACUUUUCCCAUCAGCUAAUCGUUCAAUCACCGCACGUGUUUUUUUGCUUUGAAACUCAUCGAAGUGCUUGAGCAUAAGUGCAUUGUCAAGCUGAACCGGUGUCGAGGGCGAAAUAGCCACAUUUUGAUAUUGAUUUGACAUGAUGAUAUCGAGUUUGCUAUUUAUAUCAUCAAUUAAGUCCAAUUUGGUCAUUUGAGCCUUCAUUGAGUAGACGAGUAACUUCAAGGAUUCAAACUCUGCUAGCAGGCUGUUAUAUUUUGAAAGUGGGAUUAGUUUUUUUUUUAGAGUUUUUCAGCCAAAAAUGAUGAAAAAUCGAUAUUUUUCAAGCUUCUGGAGUGAUUUCUGAUGAAAAUUGACCUUCAGAGGGUUUUGCUGAUUUUUCGUAAAAUAAAAAAAUUUAAAUUUUGAUGAAUUUCGAAAAAAUUCAGCUUAUUUUGCUUUAUUUUAUGAAUUUUUUCGAAAUUCAUCAAAAUUUUAAAAUUUUUUAUUUUACGAAAAAUCAGCAAAACCUUCUGAAGGUCAAUUUUCAUCAGAAAUUACUCCAGAAGCUUGAAAAAUAUCGAUUUGUCAUCAUUUUUGGCUGAAAAACUCGAAAAACUAAUGUUUUUUCGACAUUUUUUGAUUUUUCGUGUUCAAAAAAACAUUUUUCAACAUUUUUUUCGUUCGUGAAUUAGCCCCAAUAAAUCAAUACUAAAAAAUUCACACAAAAUUUGCAGCCGUCAAUGAUCUCAAAAGAAAACUUGGCGAUUUUUUCACCAAAAAAACUACAGAUGGUGAAGUUGUAAAAGUUGAAGAUGUCAAAAAGUUUUUCGAUGAUUUGAAGGAGCAAAAUUUGGAGGCGAAGAGAGCCAGAAUGCAGUGA